AUGAGUCAACAACAACAGCAACUACUGUCCCAGACGCAGUACUACAACCAGAUGCAACCGGGUCAAGACAUUAACCAUCCAGGAAGUGCCCAGUCAGCAAGUAAUCCAGAGACAGUCAGUGCUACUACUACGGCUAAUGUGACCCAGGCUCAGCAGCAGGAACAACGACGCCAACAGCAGCAGCAGCAACAGCAGCAGCAACAGCAGCAGCAGCAGCUACAACAGCAGCAACAGCACCACCAGACGGCUGCAGACGAAGCCAUUCAGAGAUCGUUGUUGCCUGCUAGGUCCACUGUCAGCAAAGGGAAGUACUCGUUGAGAGAUUUUUCCAUAAUGAGAACAUUGGGCACGGGAAGCUUUGGCAGGGUCCAUUUGGUUCGUUCUGUGCACAACGGGCGGUUCUAUGCGAUAAAAGUGUUGAAAAAGCACCAAGUGGUCAAAAUGAAACAAGUUGAGCAUACCAACGACGAACGCAAAAUGUUGAAGUUGAUCGAGCACCCCUUUUUGAUUAGAAUGUGGGGCACGUUCCAAGACUCCAAGAACUUGUUCAUGGUGAUGGACUACAUUGAAGGGGGCGAGUUGUUUUCACUCUUGAGGAAAUCUCAAAGGUUUCCCAACCCCGUGGCCAAGUUCUAUGCUGCCGAGGUUGUGCUAGCAUUGGAGUACUUGCAUAGUCACGACAUCAUCUACAGAGACUUGAAGCCGGAAAACAUCUUGUUGGAUAGAAACGGACAUAUCAAGAUUACAGAUUUCGGCUUUGCCAAGGAAGUUAAUACAGUGACAUGGACCUUGUGUGGUACUCCCGAUUAUAUUGCGCCCGAGGUGAUAACAACGAAACCAUAUAACAAGUCGGUCGACUGGUGGAGCUUAGGGGUGUUGAUUUUUGAAAUGUUGGCUGGUUAUACUCCAUUUUACGAUUCAACACCAAUGAAAACUUAUGAAAAAAUUCUUGCGGGCAGGAUUCGUUAUCCAAGUUUUUUCCAACCUGACGAAAUUGAUUUGCUUUCGAAGUUGAUCACGGCUGACUUGACGAGAAGAUUGGGCAAUUUGAUCAAUGGGCCGGCAGAUAUCAGAAACCACCCGUGGUUUCAAGAAGUUGUGUGGGAGAAGUUGUUGGCUAAGGAUAUUGAAACUCCUUAUGAGCCUCCCAUCACCGCGGGAGUCGGCGACUCGUCCUUGUUUGAUCAUUAUCCUGAAGAGCAACUAGAUUAUGGAAUCCAAGGCGAAGACCCAUACGGACAAUAUUUCCUUGACUUUUGA